UCAGUCUCACCCAGUCUCGUUCAGCCUGAUAAGCUUAAAGGGAAAUAAUCUGUGGUCCAUUAUGUGUUAAGAGAUACAGGCCAAAGGCUGUUUGGUCUUGCUAGUAUUUAAUUUAAGGGCUAUUCCGUAGUGCAUUUACCUCAGAGACAAAGUGUAGUCUGCUCUGUCAGGACCAUGCAGCGAUAUCGAAUUAGGUCAGCACUGUCACGUCAAUAAAACCAGACACUCACUAGCAGUUUUAAUGUCGGAUGGAACUCGACAAACAGCCUGAAACGUGGGUGAAAGUCUUUUGGGGAGCUGAGACUCCAAAAGUGUUAAACAACAAAGAUGCGUGUGUCGAAGAUGAGGGGAGUCACGCUGAUUCUGGUCUCGUACGCCGUGACCCAGGUGACAUCACAUGAAAUUAAGGUGGAGUGUCAUGAACUUGAUGGUAUGUUGGAUUUCCCUCCUGAUGAUAAUACUUCUCCAUCUGUUCUGGCGGACUUGACAGUGGGGCUGGUGACAGUGGGAGACAGAUAUAGCUUGAAUAUAAGCUGGGCAAUCAACAUUGAUGCCAGUAUUGAACAUUUGACAAGCACUCUUAUUAUGAUUUGGGGGGAAUCAAUGCACUACUGUGAAUACAACCCACGUUUGGCCCUGGCAAACCUCACUGGGACAAAUCAGAAAUGGUUUCAUUACUUAGUAGAUGUAAACUAUGGCUCAACCACCGUCCAAGCUGCCAAUCUCCCUUUGCCUCGACCAGGGAUGGGUCAUCCUUACAAGUAUACUGAAAUCGAUGUACCUCGCACAAAAUCAACUGUUAUGCCAACAGCUCGUCAAAUUCCUGUAGUGGAGACCAGCACUUUAGAUAUUAUUGAACAAGACUCAAGAACAGAAGCUGCCUACGUAGCGGAGGCACUUUUUGGAGGACUUGGCAGUUUGAUGAUCCUGAGUUCCUGCUACAUAAUCUACAAACGCUGUAGACCCAACUUUGUCACAUCAUCGGGUUUCAAAAUGUUGAACACUUCUCCCAUGGUUCCUGUGCCAGUCCUCUUGGUGUACCCUGCUGAGAAUUCAGCCUUCCAGCAGGCCAUGGUGGCCCUAGCAGAGUUCCUGCAAUGGCAUGGUGGCUGCAGCGUUGUAGUCGACAUGUGGCAGCAGGGGAAGAUCGCAGAGCAAGGGCCGAUGCGCUGGCUGGCAGAACAGGUCAAGGCUGCAAAGCGAGUGCUCAUCGUGUGCCCACAGCUAGAGACUGCCUCUUCAAACCCCAGCAUCCACCCAGAACCCUCCAUCCCAGCUGCAGCUCAUGAUCUUUACCCCCUGAUUCUGAACAUGGUGGCAAGCCAUGCAAAGAGCCCCAGUGACUUGGCUAAAUUCUGGGUUGUGCAGCUGGGUGAACAGCCUAAUAACCUGGCGCCGGAACUGAGGGCCUGCAAGACUUUCUUUUUGAUGAAGGACUUGAUCAAGCUGUGCAGGAGCCUUCAUAGCCAGCGACAGAUUGGGGGGAAGAUAUCAGAUCUGAUCUUCAGUCCAGGGAUUGAAAAGAGCGCAGUGAACUUAAGAGAAGCAGUAGAAAAGCUAGAUGGACAUCGGCCAAGCCAAGUCAGUAAGGUGGAAGCAUUGAAAUCUGUGGUCACUACUAUUUGAACAUCUGUAAUGAAAAUGUUUGCACUGAUGGAUGAAGACGAUUGAUUACAAUAGCUGAUUAUUUUUGCAGAUGACAUAGAUCUCAUCAUCAAAACACUGACAUGGAUACUGAAGGGUGGAUAUUAUGUGUCAGGAAAGCAUACUGUAGUCAAUCAUCACCUUUGUAAUAGUUUCAAAGAAGCCCAUUUUCAUUUCCCAAAUGUAUUUGUUCGUUAUGUUUGUUUCAUCUGUGAUCCUUAAAUAUCAGUUAAAGACAGACGUGUUUGUAGCAGAAUUAACUACAAACUAAGGAUUGCAGGCUAUUUUACAUUAAAUUCCUCCAGAAUUUUAUCACUCUCUGGAAUAUUUUAACUCAACUCACAUACCCCAUUUGUUUGUGGUAGACAUAACUCGGUAUACAAUUUAGUGGUUAUAUGUUUUUCUUUUAGAUGGUGAUAGUAGUUAAAGUGUUCUUUAAGUACAAUGAGAUAUGUAAAUAAAACAAAACAACUUAUUCUCAUAAUUGAAAAUGAAUGAGCUGUUUUUUGUUUCUUCAAAAGACAGCUGUACAGUCUGAAAGGUAAGAUCUCAGCCUUAAUAAAAUAUGAUCUUUUAUUCACUGGUUUUCUUUAA